AUGCCCCGCCGUGCUAGCUUCACGCACCUGAAGCGUCCGUAUGAAGAAGGUCGUUUGUUGGAAGAAGUGAACAAAUUGGGAGGAGGCACUCUCUUUGCCGACAAGGAGUUUCCUCCCACCGUGGCGUCUCUGAUUGACAGGCGCGAAGUUCCUCCGUUUGUGGUGGACGUCCCCAAAUUUACGCAACGAACUGCCUGGAAACGAGCGCAUGAUAUUUGGAAGAACGAUGAUGACAAGGAAAACAAGAAUAAGAAGGGAGUGGUACUGUAUACCAUGGAGAAUCUCAAGCCCACCGCCGUGAAACAAGGUGGAUUGGAGAAUUGCUACUUUCUGGCAUCCCUGACCAGUUUGAGUUUGUAUCCUGAACGCGUUACGCGUUUGUUUCUACCCAGCAGCAAUCCUGACUGUGGCAUUUACGCCGUUCGCUUUUUCUGCAAUGGCCGACCCAACGAAGUGGUCGUGGACGAUUGGCUGCCCAUUAAAAAGGGCGACGACCCCGUGUCCCAGGCAGCCGCCGCCAGUUUGGCCAGUAUCCCCAAGAAUGCCAAAGUCACCAUCCAAUCCAAAACUAACAAUGGCGAUGGCACGGAAACCAUUGUACGACAAAUUGAACAUCCCGAUGGACGCAUGCAAUUGAAAAAGACCACCACCGAUAUUGAACAACCCUCGGGGAAACUACAAUUCAGCAAAACGUCCACCGAUGAGUUGUGGGUACCCAUGGUAGAAAAGGCAUAUGCAAAGGUCCAGGGCACCUACGCUCAAUUGGAGGCCGGGUGUCAUUUCGAGACACUCCGGGACUUGACGGGAGCUCCCGGAUUCUAUUACAAAAGCGUCGACGUCGAUCGCCAUGGUCUGCUCAUGGAAGAAUUCUACCGACAACGAUUCCCCAUGUCCUGUGGAAUUGAUUAUACCUACAACAUGCCCUGGAGUGAUGAGCAGCUUGAUUCGGUUGGAUUGUUGGCCGAUCAUGCCUACAGUAUCUUGGCGGUCUGUACUGUGAAUACCAAACAAGGCAAACCCCAACGACUCGUCAAGCUACGCAAUCCGUGGGGCGAUGCCAAAGAAUGGACCGGGCAUUCCCCUCGAAGCCGAUCCCAACGCAGAAGACGCAUCUUUUGGAUGGCCUGGGAAGACUUUGCUCGCUACUAUAAUUCCUGGGAUGUCAAUCAGUAUCAGGACCACUAUCACUUCAGUGCCGCCAUGCUGCAAGACAAACCGGCCGUGGGAUAUCAUUUGGUCACGGUGCAUGUCCAACAAUCCGGAGAAUACACAUUUGGUAUUACCCAAUGCAGCAAUCGGAUGCUACCACCAUCGGCCAAGUACGAGUACUCGUCCGUUCGAGCCAUUCUGGUCAAGGCACCAGAAAAUCCGCCCAAGACGGCACGCCGUCCUUGGCAGGAUGUCAAUUUAUCAAGGGUCUGGUGGGAUCCUUCCUCCAAGCAUUUGCCCCAUCCACGAGAGAUUAGUGUCAAUUGCUAUGGGACGGCCCGGGUCAAGUUUGCACAAGAUGUGGCCGCUGCACACGACAAAAUUGAAGUGCUCACCGAAAUCUUUGCCGCCAAAGCACGACGAGAAAUGGCCGCCAGUCAUCACUUUGGUGGGGCUGGAGAACAAAUCAUUUGUCGUAGUCGUGGACAACCUGAUGCCCAAGGUAUCCAAGAAUACUACAAUCGCAACACCUGCCCCGAAGGAUACCAUUUCCGAUUGUUUACCAAUACCGAAACCAACAACGUUGUCUUGCAAGAAGACAAGAAAUUCUCCUCGUUGCACGGAGCCGAACUCGUGCGUCCGCAAAAGAAUACUGCCAACUACAAGGUCACCGGCAAGGAUGCCUACUCGAUUCGUGUCGGACCGGGUGAAACCAAGGGUGUCUUCUUAAUGGUCAAGAAGACCUUUGGUAUGGCCGGUCCCAUGGGCGCGGCGACCAUGAUUUUGGGCGAUGGUCGGACCGAAAGGGAACAAGAUUCCAAACAAAAGGAUCUUACGUCUUCCUACAACAUUCCAGACAGCACGGGUGUUCAGCAGACUGCUGCGCCGGUCGAGCAACUCACGACAAUGCACGUGGGAGGAACCAAGGGUGGUGGCCGUCGUCGCUCCAGUGGCGGCUUCCAGGCACUUGUAGCCAGUCUGCGUGGUUCUACCAAUGCUUCUUCUGUCAAGGCUACGCAGGGCAAAAAGAAAAAGAAACGUGGCAGCAUCUUUGGAUUCUUGUUUGGUGGGAACAAAAAGAUGCCAAAAGACAACGAGAGCGCCAAAGUUCCCGAUUCGGCUCCAGCACCGGCAACGGCACCAGUGCAGCAAGCGCCAGUGCCAGCCCCUCCAAUGCAAGAGCCAACCCCGCCGCCCGUACCUGCCCAAACUCCGGCUCCUGCAACCCCGCAACAUCAAGAUCAAUCUACAGCAGCGCCAUCAGCUGCGAAGGCUCAACCUUCGACGGCCAACAAUCAGGCAUCAAGCAUCCCUAAUACAGGGGAUAAUCCAGGUUCCUCCAGAGAAAGGUUCGCGAGCCUGGUUCAGAAAUUCAACGGGGAGGAAAAUACUGAACCCCCGACCGCUUCUUCUGAGUCAACACCAAAGGUCGAGUUGCGGGAGCAAGCCGAAGAUAACAAACCACAAACAUACACACAAUGCGCUUCUACAGCCAAGCCAGAAAUCUCACCCGGCAGCCGGGAGGAGCCCGCCACCAGCAAGACAGAAACGUCUAAACCGUCAAAGGGUCUUUUUGCUUCACUGUUUGGUGGCGAAAAACGGCGAAAACGAGGCCGCAAGGCUACGCCCACCGAAGAAAAGAUGCUGGAACCGUUCCCAGACUUACGACAGGCUAAUGUUGUGGAAAACACCACGACGGUAGAGGAGAAAACUGUCACGGACGAGGUAACCGGUGCAGAAGAGUUGUGGCCACAACCACAACCACCACACUCCACUUGUCAAGUAGCAAGAUAA